GCGAGGAACGUCGUCUUUCGUGCAAAGAUGUGCUAAAGAAAAAUAGAAAAGCAAUCAAUGGAGUUUACACUCUAAAUUCAAUUGCUACUAAUCAGUACUAUGACGUGUACUGUCACAUGGCCAACAUUGCAGCAUGUGGUGGAGGAGGCUGGACACUAGUCAUGAAGAUGGAUGGGAAAAAUGACACUUUCAUUUACAAUUCUCCUCUUUGGACGAAUAACGAGACAUAUGCGAUACAAGAUGGUCUGGAAGGACUGACAGAGAAAGAAAGCAAGUUGGCUUCGCACUGGAAUACUCCGUUCACAAAGAUAUGCCUGGGUAUGUCGUAUAACGGAGACAGAAAAUGGAUGACCUUUAACUACACAGCAAGUUCGCUGUACAGUGUGAUCACUGACGAUCAAUUCAGGGCAACGACCGCUGGCAGAGAAGCAUGGAAAUCUCUGAUCGCUGACUCCUCACUACAAAAGAACUGCAACAGGGAAGGGUUUAAUGUUAAUUUAAUAACAGCAAUGCGAAUUGGACUUUUUGCCAAUGAAAAUAAUGAUUGUUAUAGCUGUGAUUCAUGGAUUGGCUAUGGAAUUUGGAUCGAUGGAAAAACUUGCGGAAAUUAUGCCCACCCAAGCUGGAAUCCCGAUAAUGGAGGCAAAGAUUUGGUCACAUUUGGAUAUAUUCUUGUUCAGUAACGAAGCACGUCAAUAUUGGGUUUUAUAGUUUUCACAGCUUGUACAGUUCUAUUUCCUGGUUAUUGUCAAACCACCAGAAUAACAUUCAUUUCCCAGCCUGUGAAGCCAGCUAAAAUACCUUAUAUUUAUUUUAGUAACAACGUUGCAAUAAAGUAGCUGAAAUCCCUAGAGCUAACGUUAGUUUCACAACAUAUCCUGCUAAUA